AUGCUAUCCAACCCAUGGGACAAAAAAAUUGAAUUGGUCGUCCCUCGCUGGCCCAAAAGAAUGAAAGAAAUCUGGUUCUUUGAUGCGUCUUUGCGCAUCCCCCAAAUCGUCCCAUCGCUGCACCUUUUCCACGCCUCUGUGAAAACCGAAAAUUUGAGCACCCAUAUGCCCAACCUUAUUACUGCUGACUCGCCGCACAUCGGCCCUGCGUGGAGGUCUGUCGAAAACAGCACUCCACCCAGCCUGCCCCGCCCCCGGUUCUACACCGAUGUCAAAUUCAACCUUGAGCGGAUCGACCCGCCGCCCCCGGUCCUGGACCCGCUCAUGUCAUGGGCGAUGGAUGCCCACUGGUCUAUGGGCGGCCUAAGCUUCAAGCGCCACCGCCUCCAGGGCCGAAUCGAGGGCAAGGUCGAGAGGCUCCGAACCCAGCGCGAGCAGAUCUCCACAAAAUCCGCCAGUGAUUCGCCUGCUGUCGGAUCCGGUAAAAAAGGCGGCACCUCCCGGGUGAGAAAAUCUCCUUCUCCGCCGCCGCCUCCGGUGGCUCUCAAGCGGCGCCGGGUUGUUGGGUUGAUAGAUGAAGAGGAUGACGAGGAGGAGGUCGUUGCGCCGCCGAAGAGGGGGCCGGUGAGGAAAUUGGGGGAUGAUUUCGAGCGGGUUGCAAGGGAGAGCGGGAUCGGCGCCGCCAGUGGCGGCGAAGCUGGUGGUGCUGUGGCGGGGAGGACGAGGAGUAAAAGGGUUGAAAUGGGCGCGGGUGCUGAUGAGGGGAAAAUGAAGAAAAAGAAGAAAUUGGUUAAGGGAGGGAGAAGGAUUGGGGCUGCGGUGGUUGCUGCCACCACUGGAAAGAGAAGCUCGCCGAGGCUGGCCAAGAGCGCAACACAAGAGGCUUCAGUUCGAAUUUGGUGGAUUCUGAGUUUCGUCAAGCAAGUUGUCGGCAGAGUAGAAGAGGGCCCCGACGUCUUGAAGCCAGAGGCGGCGGACCUCGUCGCCGCAAAGUGGUGCCUCGAACAAGUGCUUUUGUCAACUGUUGACUCUCUGGGAUCGGGUAGCUUGAGAGGAGUCGGCAAUAUGGGAUCCGAAUUGGAGGAAGAUUUCAAAAAUUUUAGUCUAUCUGCGAAAGAGGAGGGAGGGAUCGAAAUAGAGGAAGAUGAUAUCAGAACCAGAAUGAAAGAAUGUUCUCUCAGCCUAAUGGGAAGUUUAUUUGGGGAAAAGAGGGCAAGCUUUUUGGGGCUCAAGAAUACGCUGCAGAAUAUUUGGUUGACCAAAAAACCUUUCUUUUCAAGAAUGGUGGGAAGUAACAAAUACCAAUUUAUCUUCCAAACAACAGAGGAUAGGAAGAAAGUCCUGGAAGGCAAAGCUUGGACUUUUGAUGGGCAGUACCUAUUAUUAAAGGAAUGGAGUGAGGAGAAUAAUGGUUAUACUGAAGAAGAACACAAAGUUGAAUUGUGGGUGCAAAUUCAUGACUUGCCGCUCCACUGGGUAACUGAAGAAGUGGGAAUGAAGGUUGGGAAACUGUUUGGCAAAGUGGUGGAUGUCGUGGUGCCAGAGAUGGGAGGAGUAGGAGGAAGAAUGGUUAAAAUCCUCGUUGAACUUAAUCUCAAUGAGCCGAUACUAAGAGGUACUCAUCUCAAAAUGGGAGGAGAAUCCAAAUGGGUAUCAUUCAAGUAUGAGAACCUCCAGAAUUUCUGCUACUACUGUGGAGGAUUGGACACUCAGAUAGAUCGUGUGGCCAGAAAAAAGAGGAUAUAG